AUGAAAAUGAUUGGAAGUCCAAACAUUGAUGAAAAUUAUCGAAAAAAAGGCACUUCUAAAGCAGUUGAGCCUUACAACAACGACAUUAUCGAGCAAAAAUAUGACGAACCACCCUUAGAAACCGUAGAUUUUGUUCUUUCGACGAGUGGCUUACAGUAUUACGCUUUAAAACGAGAGAAUGUAUUACGAACAAAAAUUUACAAAGAAAUUGAAGUGCUAAAAUGUGCUAUGCAACAUAAUUGCAAACAAAUUUGCCAAUAUAUAGACGAUGGAAGAUUUGAAGAUCACGUAUUUAUAGUAAUGACAUUGCUUGGCAAAGAUUUGUCAAAAUUACGACGUGAACAAAAAUCUCAGAAUUUUUCUAUAAACACUUCACUUCGUGUAGGAUUAUUAACGCUAUCAGCAAUUCGAGAACUUCACCACAUUUCUGUCAUUUCCAGGGAUAUUAAACCAAGUAAUUUUGCACUGGGUCUCAAUGAAGAUCACAGAAACAUCUACAUCUUCGAUUUUGGACUUGCACGAUUUUACAGAGAUCAGGAUGGAUCUAUAUUACCAAUCAGACAUCAUCUAGGAUUUCGUGGCACAACAAGAUAUGCUUCCCUGAGAGCUCAUGAGAGACUAGAACUUGGCAUAGUAGAAAAUCGCAUUUUAGGUAGGACAGAUGAUCUGGAAUCAUGGAUCUACGUUAUGGUUGAAUUAUCCAGUGGAACUUUGCUGUGGAAAACAUCAAAAAUAAUGAAAAAGAAGAAAAAAGAACUGAAAGACCAAGUAUACAGAGCUAAACUGAAAAUCCGAUCAGGUCCAGAUCGGAAACAGUUUUUCAAGAAUUCUUUACCCAUACUUGACUAUAUAUUUACGAUGAUCGAUGGACUUACUUUUGAUGCUGACCCACCUUACCAGCAAAUCCAGUACAUGUUUGAGAAAUUAAUGCUUGAAGCAAACGUGAAAUGGGACGAUCUCUACGACUGGGAAGAACCAGCGCAGUUUAGACAACCCUUGUCAGCUGAUCCAAUUACUUCAACCUCAAUUGCAGUAGCAACUUAUUCAAGACCUCUGCCUCUACAAAAUUUUAUAUUAGCGACGCCAACAGCAUCUACAGAAUCAUCUUCACUUCCAAACACUUCCAAAAAAUAG